CGGUGAAAGGCUGUGGCCUUAUGGGACAUGUAGUUCCGGCAGCGAGCUUAGUGGGCGGAGUUCGGUCGGGAUUGGGCGCAGCCUCCCCUAUUGUCCCGCCCCCUGUUCCUCAGGGUUUGAGUUUGAGAGGCAGGGGCAGCUCAAAGGGCGAGAGUGGGUGGCUGGGCCUCUGCCGGCGAGCGUCCGUGACCGUGCUGCAGCCGGGAGGAGGCAAGUUGGGGGCGGGGCUCUGGUGGCCGAAGCCAGUGGUGGAGCCGCGCUGUCGGAGCGCCGCUGCUUUUGGAGUCUGCGGAGGUGUACAGUGACAUCCUGAGAGAAGAUGGGAAAGGGCUGCAAAGUUGUGGUUUGUGGCUUGUUGUCUGUGGGGAAAACAGCAAUUUUGGAGCAGCUCCUUUAUGGGAAUCAUACAAUUGGAAUGGAAGAUUGUGAAACGAUGGAAGAUGUAUAUAUGGCUUCAGUGGAAACGGAUCGGGGAGUAAAGGAACAGUUACAUCUUUAUGAUACCAGAGGCUUACAGGAAGGUGUGGAGCUACCAAAGCAUUAUUUUUCAUUUGCUGAUGGCUUUGUUCUUGUGUACAGUGUGAAUAACCUUGAAUCCUUUCAAAGAGUGGAGCUUCUGAAGAAAGAAAUUGAUAAGUUUAAAGACAAAAAAGAGAUAGCCUGUCUACCUAGGUCACAGAAUUCACUAUAAUGGAGUCUCAACAGGUGAGGAGCCAGAACUGGGCAAGGAUCACAGCAGUAGACAAAUCAACACAAGCCAUGGGAGCCUGGAUUGCUUUUUUUUGGUUUCCUAAUUCCAAAGUAAAAAUUAUCAUUUAGAAAUGAGAAUCAUAGAUUAUAGAGUGUCACGGGAGAUAGGAUCCUAGAUGAGAAAACUGAAGCCUGGAGAUUAAGAAUGUGACGAGACCAAAACAGGACGAGAAACAUGGAUACUUUGACAGUAACUUCUUCUCUGUUGAGUGGAAAACGGGAUUAAUUCUGAGUUGCUAUGUCACUAUAAACAGCAGGAUUUUAAGCACCAUCAAAACAAAGCACAUACUUCUAGAAAUGGUCUCUGCCAAGUGGCGAAGCUGCCCCCCACCCCUGCAGUGUUUUGUGUCCAUCCUAAUGUACUUAGAGAUCCAUUAAGAUACAACAGAAAUCUCUUUUGUGAUUAAAACUCAAUUUUAAACACUUCAAUAGUUUCUCAUGGGAAUAUGUAAAUCUGAAUAUAAAUCAGGAAAUUCUUACCUUUGGAGGCUUGAAGGGGUAUUCAGGUGUAAAAGUGAUAUCAAGGAAGAAUACACCCCCCUCAUACACGGAUCCUGGAGGCCCUAGAAUGGUUGAUCUCCAUUCAUAGAUGUUAUCGCCUUUGGGACCAGCACUGUGAAAUAAUACAUCAAAAGGUAAGCAGAUAGUAUGGCACCAUCCAAAUUUUAGAGGAUAUUUAAGGAAACAAGAUGACCUCUUCUCUUCCUUUUUGUUUUAAUGUGUGGAUUCCCUCCACCAAACAGAAGUGUCUUUCAGACAGUCUGAUUCUGGACUGCAACAAACCCAUCAGCCUUAGGUCAAGUAAAUGGAAUGAUAAAGAAUGUUUAAACCAUUCUAAGCCUACUUAGGCUGUGGAUAAACAAGAAAUUCCUCAAUUCUCAACCCUCUCCUCAAUACAUCAUAAAAAAUGUAAAUGAUACUUUAAAAAGAAACACUUUUCAGCACACAGAAUUAAAUUAGUGAAAUAUUAGUUGUUUUUGUUCAUAGCUAGUAAUUUCUGAUGACCAUUUUAAGCGCAAAGUUUCAUUUCUGACCCACUGACGGGGUUCUUGUUCCUUGCUCUAUUUCCAUAAUCUUACCCUAAAAGGAGUCCGAUGGAUUGCAGUACUUUUUACAUUAUAAACCAUGUUGAGUGGGAGGAGCACAAGAAUGACAAUGUAUCCAAUGACAAGUUACUCAAUUUGCAUUUCAAUAUAUAAAAUUCUAUAAUCAGGUUCUCUAAAUAUUACAGUUGAGAUGUUAAUUUAUCGCUUUCCCCAUAUUUACUUAUACCAUAAAAUGGUAAAGCAUGCAACAGGAACCCUGGAGAAGACUAAACAAGUAUGGAUCCCUAACCUCUAGGUUCUCAACCAGGGGACUUGGUGGGUCUAGUGAAGGAUCUGAGCAUCCACUGGAAGGACGAAGCAUUGCUGCCUAUUAAACACCUUAGAUACUUACUUUAAAGCUGUUACUGGAGGCAUUCAUGUAACUUUUUGUCAUAAGCAUUUUAUUAACCAUAGAAUGAAACAAAAAUUACAGGGGCCUGCAAGUCCUUUGCCUUUUUUUUUCCCUUCCAGGUUCUCACUUGACAAGUUAGGCCUGCUGGUCUGGAAGGUGGGUAGAGAGACCUACAGUAGAGAGAGUGGUUUACAACUCUCAGAGGGCCACUGUGAAGGAGAACUGGGAGCAAGAGAAUGCGUGAGACACGUGUACAGGGAAAGGUCUGUUCCAGCACCCCACCCUUUUCUCUAUAAAAUGACUAACUAGCUUUACCCUCAGGUCAGUAUAUUCUUUUAUCAACCUUGUGUCCCCACCCUUAUAAGAUACUAUUUAGUUCCACAAUAAGAAAUAGGACUUCAGUUUCUAACACUGGUUGAACUGCCCUUGAGAAUGGCACAUGAUUUAAUUAAUCAAUUUAAGUAAUUAGAAAGUAUGGGAGAUGGAGUUGAAAUUAAGGUGAGAGGGAAACAAAAAAUACAAGUCCCUGUCUGAACAUGUUGCAACAUAACUGUGAUUAGAAUCUUGGCAUGAGGCUGAGACUGAGAAGGUGAAAGGGGACCAUGCCUUUCAGAUUGUUAGAAAAUUAAUGUUCAUUUGUAACAAAAACACUUUUCAAAAUAAAUGUAUAAUACAGAGAACUCUUAUAUGAGGCAAAAAGAAAAAAAAAUUCUGCCCUUGAUUCAGUCUUUUUUCCUUCUAGUCAAAAUAAAUAGAGCUGUUGCAAACAUUUUGAGGAAUAUAAUCGGGGUGCCUGGCUGGCUCAGUCGGUAGAGCUCACGACCCUUGAUCUCAGGGUUGUGAGUUCAAGCUCCAUAUUGGGUAUAGAGCUUACUUUAAAAAAAGAAAAAUAGUCAUUUCUACUCUUGACACAGUAUUUUCUUAUUUCUGUAAUGGUUUGACGUCAGACACAUUCACGUUAGUGGCAGGGAUUGUCAUGAAUCAUGACACUCUUGUGACAGUACAGGUGCCUGCUGACUGAUGGGCACCAUACCCCUUGAGUAAGUAACUCAAUGACAAGGACUCUCAUCUCCACUGGCCUUUCCCUUGAUCCUUGAAACCCAUGUUCCCUCUAGUGACCAUGGGACAAGGCAGCUACAGAUCAUAGUUCUUGUGCCUUAUAAAGACUAAAUUGGUAAUUUAACAGAAUUUGAACAGCAUAAAAUGGAAUCAAUCAAUACAAGCCAUUUAACCUUAAAAAAUAAACCCAAUUAGAAAAAAAUGUCAUUAGAGCAGUCUUAUGUAUAAUUUGAUGUGCUCUCUGGACUGACUUAAGACAAUCACAUAAGCUAAUGUUUAAGCUUCAUUUUUUUUUUUCUUUGAUGUGUAUUUAUUUUGAGAGAGAGAGUGGGGAAGAGGCAAGGACAGAAUCCCAAGCAGACUCCACACCGAAGGCAAAGCCUAAUGGCGGGGCUCAAUCUCAAGACCAUGAAAUUAUGACCUGACCUGAAAUCAAGAGUCAGACGCUUAACUAACUGAGCCACCCAAGCUCCCCUUGUUUUGUUUUAAAAUCAUGUUUUUUAAGUCCUCCCCCAUUCCCAUCCUCAAUACUAACUUACUAUAUACACUACUGCUCUUCCAUUUCAACAGCAACUGAAGAUGCAUUUCAAUUUUUAAAGAACAUCCUGGAAGCAAGGUGAAAUUAUAAUCAGUGCUUUUAAAGAUUAUAUUUCUAUCUGAUCAGUUUUUCACAUUAUUAUUGGGAGAGAGGACCCUUGUUUACAAACACAGAAGCCAUAAUUCAGGUCUUAUUUUAGGCUUAAUUCUAAAAACCUUGGUUAUCUGCUCUCAUAUCCUAGGGGAAACGUUGAGAGUAAGAGGUUGGGAAGAUGAAAAGAUAAGAAGUAUACUACAAACAUUUGAAUAGCAACAGCAUGAAGUAAGUGAAAAUGGGACAAGUUAGCAAACGUGCCAGCAUAUUUCAAAAAAAGUAGGAACUCAUGAUGAAUUCAGUUAGAAGCUCAUUCUACCCACCUAAAAAUCCCAAGUCAUCUCUGAUAGUUUCCCACGGUACAAUGACUAAUGCUUCCUAAAAAUAAAGCACUGGCAAAUACAGUU